UCGGCUGCUCUCGUCCAUUUGCUGCGGCCAAUCCAACACCAGCCUAUGUCGACCGCAGUCCCCCCACUACCAUCUCGCCUCGUCGCAGUGAUAGGCGCUGGGGCUAGCGGGCUUGUCGCCGCCCGUGAACUCCGACGAGAAGGCCAUCGAGUUGUAGUUUUCGAGCAAGGUGACCAGGUGGGGGGCACGUGGAUCUAUAACCCGAAGGUAGAGUCCGACCCGCUUGGGACGAAUCCUGAUCGAGCUGUGGUCCAUUCCAGCCUCUACCAAUCGCUCCGCACCAAUCUCCCGAGGGAAGUCAUGGGAUUUCUAGAUUACCCGUUUGUAAAGCGGGAAGGCAACGGCAGAGAUGGGAGAAGAUUUCCGGGUCACAAAGAGGUAUUGAUGUACUUGCAAGACUUUGCGUCUGCGUUUGAGAUCAAUGAAUUGGUGCGAUUCGAGACGGAGGUUUUGUCGGCGAAGUUGGCAGAUGGCGGGAAAUGGAGGGUGAGAUCAAAAGGCAGAAGUGGGAUUGGUGUGGAUGAAAUUUACGAUGCUCUGGUCGUUUGCAAUGGACACUUCACUCAGCCUCGCGUAGCUCAUAUUCCCGGCAUAAAAGUAUGGCCGGGGAAGCAGAUUCAUGGCCAUAAUUAUCGUACACCUGAGCCCUUUCAAGAUGAAGUUGUGGUUGUCAUAGGUUUUGCCUCUAGUGGUGUCGACAUCUCAAUAGAAAUUUCUGGAGUUGCAAAAGAAGUCCAUGUUGCUGCUAGGUCUGUUGCUGAUGAUAAACUUGGAAAGAUACCUGGAUUUGAGAACAUGUGGCUUCAUUCUAUGAUUGACAGCGUCCAUGAAGAUGGAAGAGUUGUUUUUAAAGAUGGAAAUGCAGUUUAUGCGGAUGUCAUUCUACAUUGUACUGGGUACAAGUAUGAUUUCCCUUUCCUUGAUACCGAUGGUGCAGUUACAGUAGAUGAUAACAGUGUGGAACCACUCUACAAACAUGUUUUCCCUCCGGCAUUGGCCCCGUGGCUUUCAUUUGUUGGAAUACCAUGGAAGGUUCUCCCCUUCAUAAUAUGCGAACUGCAGAGCAAGUGGAUAGCUGGAAUAUUGUCAAAUCGCAUUGCACUGCCUUCUAAAGAGGAAAUGAUGGAAGAUGUGAGGGCAUUUUACUCUUCUAUGGAAGCCUCAGGGACGCCGAAGCGUUAUGCUCACUGCCUAGCUGAGGGUCAGUGGGACUACGAUAACUGGAUUGCAGCUCAGUGUGGGAUUCCUCCGCUGGAAGAAUGGAGACAGAUGAUGUAUAUAGCCACAUCCAAGGGCAAGGCCCUCCGACCUGCGACUUACCGCGAUCACUGGGAUGACGACGACUUGGUUUUGCAGGCUCAAGAGGAUUUCGGUCGGUAUCUCUAGUCCUGAUGGCUGAUGAGUUCAUGAUGAUUGUGCGUAAUAAACCCAUAAUGACUAAAUAUGAGUUGGGGAUAAAAUAAUGGGACCAUGAGCAUGAUGUACUUUUAUAAAUAAUAUUUCGCUUGAUAAGUUAAAGAAAUUUCUUUAAUGUAGAGUUUUUUCUUCAUAUCAAGAGGACUUGAAUUCCAGUUAUCAUUUCUCGAAAACAUGAGCAAUGCCAUGAAGGAAGCUUCGAACAAGACCCUCCCGCCUGUUGUUCCAGUAAUGACCUGAUAUCAUGGGAUGGUAAAGCUGCCAAGAAACUGAAUGCGGAUCAGAGUGAACUUUGUUCUCCCA